AUGUUCUGCGAACCGGCUAUUAUUGAGGUUACGCUUUCAUGGAUUCCAGUUGACGCGAAUGGCACUCUACCAACAAACGCAAUUGAAGCAAAACCCGGAUUGUACAUAAUCCGAGCUCACCAUGAAUCGGAUAUAAUCCCGGGUAAAUGGUCCGGGACCACACCACAAGCAUCUGUGUCAUAUGGAGGUCACGAAAUCAAAGUUACGAAAUUCGAAGUAUUAUGUGAUACGUCCGUGUUCAAAAACGAUCCACCGUACAAAUGGGUAGAAGCAUGCCAUGGUUCAGCUCCUUUUCUGGCUAUACGCGGCGGAAGAACCGAAACAAAGGAACCUUUGUAUAUCGCCCGUGCCCUAGUCGAUGGCGAAUGGUGCACGGGCAAAGUUCAUAAAUCGUGGGCAUGUGCUUUUUUCCCUUUAAACGGUAUUGAAAAUACCAUUCACCAGUACGAAGUUUUAUGCUUGCGUGAUUGA